GAUCCUAUUUUAUGAAAUUACACUGAAUGCCUGUUCUCUUCCGAGGCACCGUGAGAGCAGUUAGGUGUAUGGAUGGACUAGAGGUGGCCUGCCUGCUGUCUGAUGACGAAUGCACGCAGCUAAAGAGGCACCUCUAGUAAAACGGGGUGUGUACCCACCGUGAGAAAAGGAAUUGAGGACACUAUGAAUAAAGCAUACACAAAGGAGGAAGGGAAGUGUUGAUUCCCUGAAGCAAGCCUGAGUUGGAAGCAAAUUGAGAAGGGUUCAUUUUAUUUAGGUGAAAAGGAUUAAAGGGACAGAAGGAACAGUGUUUAUAAAAACAGUCAGGGAACAGUAGUUAUGUUUGACUGAGCUGAACACAGUUGGCAGAAGAGUGACCAGCAGGUGACACUGAAGAAUUAAAGGGGGAGCAUAUGGAGUGUUGUAACCAUUUAAUAGCCUAAACUUUAUUCUGAGAAUAUAGAAAACCACUAAAAAUCCAAGAUGGCAGCCAGCAGGGGGCUGAUGCAGUAGUUUGGAAGGGUCUCAAAAUGUGAAAUGAAAACUUGAUAACAUCCAGGCUGAUGAAGCUAGUUUAUUGAUUUGGGAAGAGCCAGCCCAAACACCCACCUGGGCUGACCUAGUUAAAGAAUACUCUAAGGACCAUAAAAAAUUAUGUAAGAAUGCUGAACAAUUUGCAAAGAAAUGCAGGGAAAAGCGACCUGUCGAUUAAAAUCUGCCAUGUGUGGCCCCAGCAAGUUAUGGCAGAGACCCCAAUCAGUACAUUCAUAUAUCCCAAAAAGCAGAGUGAUUUGGGGAACUGACAUGUGCUGCCAUCUAUUGUUUGUGGCAGUUACCAACUUUCUACAGUUGUUUUUUUUUUUUUUUUUAAAUCAAAAGUGCUCUAGGUAACCUGUAAAGUAGGACUUAAAAAUCCAGAUGUUGACAGGACAGGAACCUACCACAGAGGGCCUCUGAAAGACUCUACCCUGCAGGGUAUCAAAGCAGAUGCUGAGACUUAUAGCCAAACUUUGGGCAGAGUGCAGGGAAUCUUAUGAAAGAAGUAGGAAAUAGUAAGACCUGCAGAGGACAGAAGCUCCACAAGGAGCUCAACCGAACCAAAAUAUCUGGGCACAAGAGUCUGAGACUGAUACUCCAACCAAGGACCGUUCAUUGAGAUAACCUAGAAUCCCUGCACAGAUGUAGCUCAUGGCAUUUCAGUGUCCAAAACGGGAAAAACCAGAUUGGGAGACAUUUUUAAGGAACAUGGAACAGCCACAUAAUGAGCACUGUUUUUGGGUGAAAUUUCCAGCCAAAUCAUGGUGUUCACCAUCAACUUACUCGACAGCACAGAACCUUAUCUAUUUCCUGAAAAACCCACACUAUGGCAGCCUUCUUCAUGCUGACGGCCAUGGUGAAGUAUGGACAGACUGGAACAAAUCGUCCAAGUUCUCUCAGUACGGGUGGAGAUGCAACACCAAUGAGAACUCAUACUCCAUCCGCACCCUGAUGGGCAACUGGAACCAGGAAAGAUACGACCUGAAGAACAUCGUGACGCCUAAGCCCUUGCCUUCCCAGUUUGGACACUACUUUGAAACAACGUAUGAUGCAAACUACAACAGCAAAAAGCCACAAUCUGCUCAUAGAUUUAAGCGAGAGCCUCAUUGGUUUCCUGGGCAUCAGCCUGAGCUGGAUCCUCCUCAUAACAAAUGCACAGGAAAGUCAAUUUACAUGUCUAGCUACUCAGAGCCUGUACCCACUCAUUACUCGUGGUGUAUAUGUGCUCCAAACAUGAACCGAUGUUAGGAUCCAGGACUCAAAGAAAUAAAAAGUAGCUUCACUUUUUUCUGGAGUAGAUUGUAGAAAGAGGCACUUUCUAAGUAGACUCGGACCUUGCUUUUAAUGUAACUUCUGUCUAAAUAAACCACAGUUCACAAACAAAACAAA